GAAAGAUCUUGAAAGAACUCCAUCCCCGGCCAUCUCUCUCUUCUUUGAUUAGAAAGGUGGGUGGAAAGUGAUCCGAACGUCUGAUCUAUGGCUAAGAAGAUCACAAAUAUGAUCACUUCUUGGAUUGAGGUAGCUCCUGCCCUCAUUGUUUAUCCCCACAAGCCUUCUAAUUCACCGAGUCUGGAGCCUAUCGCUGAAGAGGAUGACGAGGAAUUCGAUCAGGAUGAUUCCCAGUCUUAGCUAAUUUAAUGCAUUUGAUCCCAAUGAAGUGUUGCUGAAUCCCAAAUGCAUGUAAAACAUUCAUGUUGUUCCUCAUUCUAGAUGGCGUACAGAAGAACAAUAAUAAUUCAGAUGAUGGGUGUUUUGCUGA